AUGGCAUCGGUUCCCCUGCUCCAGCGUCUGACGCAAUCGCAGGAAACACAGCCUUCCAGCGAAGAAGGCUUGUACCUUGAGUCUUAUGCAUUCACUACAGCAGCUGCCAUUGUGGGCUCUGUGGACAGAAAGAUCUUUGUUUUGUUGAGAGACGGCAGAAACGUAUUUGGCAUCUUGAGAACCUUUGACCAGUUUGCUAACUUGGUUUUGCAGGAUACCCUCGAAAGAAUCUACUUGCCCCAAGAAAACGAACAGGCUCCAGCCAGAUUCGGAGAGGUCCCAAGAGGUGUUUUUAUGGUGAGAGGUGAAAAUGUGGUCAUGCUCGGAGAGCUAGAUAUUGAUAGAGAGGACGAGCACUUGAUGCAGAUGCAGCAAAUUCCGUUUGAAGCUGCUGAGGCUGAGAUGAAGGUGAGAAACACCGCUAGGGUGAAGGAGGAGGCCAAGAAGGCCAAGAACUACUUGAGCAGGGGUCUCAUCCACGACUUCCAGAAGACAGACUUGUACUAG